AUGGCGGACGGCGGCAUCUGGCCGGGGCUGUAUCGCUGGUCAAUCGAGUACCACGAUGGAACUGUCCCACAUGGCCUGUCUCAGGAGGACCGUGAUUUCCUUCAAAACGCGAUUCGGGAGGCGUUGAGCAAACAAGAAAACCCUGCGAAAGUCCUGCAGGAACAAGUCGCGAUCCUCGACCGGUUCGAGAACGGAAGCCCCGACGUCGCUCCGCGAGAUCUCCUCGCUGCGCUCUCUGUCGUGCAGCGCCUCGUGGAUGACUACCCUGAAAUCGCGCGAGACUUUGAAAAGCUGGGAGCGAUUCCGUCCUUUCUUCGUCUGCUCACGACAUGCUCCGCGGCGGCUCAGGCGCACGAAGGCGCGCAGGCGGCAGCGGGGAGAGAGAGUGAGACCUCUCGCGACUCUGCGCUGGCGAGCAAAACAGUAAAAACGGCACUUGCGAUCCUCUCUCUCGUACUCGCAAACAACCCGCACGUCCAAGACGCGGUUUACAAGCAACAGGGCGUGGCGCUUCUGAUGAACUUGGUGAAGGAAGCGCCGCCGAAUUCUUCGCUUCGUGUGAAGGCGCUCACAGCGCUCGCGUGUCAGCUGCGGCAUCACCGCGCCUCUGAGGUCGCCUUCGUCAACGCGGGCGGGGCAGCUCUCCUCGUACACGCGAUGCACUCGACAAACGAGAAGUAUCAGGAGAAGGCGGCCUCGCUGAUGAGGCAUCUGCUGCUGGAGGGGCUGAUGCCUUACGAACACGUGCAGCGCUUCGACUUUGCCAGCGCACUCGGCGCGCUUCUCGACAAAUCCGGAUUCGAAAAUAUUCAGUUUGGCGAAACGAUCAUCCAGCUGGCGAUCGCGCUUCUGCAGCAACACCGAGUCGCGAUGGCCAAGGCGCCCGUGCUGGCGGGCCUCCGCGAGGCGCUCCUCGCGCGCCGCCAACGGCUGACUCAGACGCUCACUGAGCUUAAGGGAAGAGAAGCGGGGAGAGAAGACCUCACGCUUGUUGCCGAUGACUUCACCACGCAGCUCGCCCUCCUCGACGAGGCUAUCUCCAUUGCAAAGUUCCCAGGCAUGAAGCCCGUGGAGGCGGCGGCCGACUCGGCAGCUCGUCGGGGGGGUCAGGCGCCCCAGCACUCGAAGAUGCUUGCGAUGUAA